AGAAAGGUGGAUCUAUAACCUGAUGCUCUGUGACUGUGGCUUUAUCUGAUGCCUCAUCCACUGACCCCACUCAACUUGGUGAGAACGACACACACUAGUUGAAAUGCUGCAGCCAACCCUUCUGCUCCUGUUGCUGGCAGUCAGCCUCCUACCUGUGUGUGGGCAGAAGAUAUCUGAGGCGUCUGUACUGGAGGGCUCCACUGUGACUCUUCGCUGCCCUAGAUAUCGGUGGGGCAGAAAAACAUGCUGGAUACGAUCUUGUGAGCACUGUGAUGGUGAUGCCUGUAUACAAAACGAUCUUGAACAAAUCAGGAUGACUGGUGCAAUGGACCUUGUCAUUUCCAACAUUCAUCCAGAGCACAGUGGGACAUACAGCUGUUAUACUGGCAAUAGAUUUUUUUACUACGGGAAGUUCAAACUGACAGUGGUGAAAGGUUGUACAAGGGACCUCAUGGACAAUACAGCCUUCCCUGGAAAUGACAUUUCAAAUCACAAGUUUUCAGAAUCAGCAACAGCUUUGAAGUGUAGAGAAAGAUGCACUAAAGACCAGGGAUGCCAAAUCUUCACAUUUCAUAAAAAUAGAAAGUGCUACCUGAAGGCCUCACCUGCUGGUACAACACCAAUUAAUAUAAAAUAUGUUAAGACCAGAACCUCAGGCUAUUCUUUGAGAAACUGCAGUGGUAUAGUGAUCCACCCAGCCAAGAAGUACAGUCUUGUCAGUGAGGUGAAGAACUGGACUGAGGCACAAGCCUACUGUCAGCAGCACUACACAGACCUGGCCAGCAUCCACACAGCAGCAGACUGGGAGGCUGUCAAACAAGAGCUGAGAAGCUCCAGUAGAAAUGUCUGGAUUGGUCUCCACAGAGAAGACUCUAAUAAACCAUGGAAGUGGUCAACUGGGGAGAACCACAUGUACCUCAAGUGGCAACAUGGACACCCGACCACCAAUGGACAUAAAUGUGUCUAUUCCUCUGAGUCUACAUGGAAAGAAACACCCUGUAAUGCUACAAAUGUAAACAACCAUGUGUGUCAGGAUGUUCAUCAGGUGAAUGGAACAACAACAAAAACAUAUAAAAACGUUGCUGGAGGUAGUAUAAAUAUGUCGGCUGCUCAGUUGGACUGUGAGAGUCGAAAUAAAACUCUGGCCAGUAUCCUCAACCAGGAAGAGCAGGAGGCCUUUGAUGAAGUGGCACAAAAGCAGACAUGGAUUGGGCUUCAUUAUAAUCUGACCAUCAACAAGUGGAAGUGGUCCAGUGAGGAGCCAUUUGAAGCAUGGGAUGAAGAAGGAGAAGAACAUUUUGUUGUGAUAAACACUGAUAAAACAUGGCAAGCUAAAAACUGUCGAGAGCAAGAGCAUUUUUUGUGCUUUGGAGACGCAAAUCCAGUGAAUGACACCACUAUAGAUCCUACCAUUCCAACACUUGACUACCUGCACUACUACAAAACACCCAAAACCUGGCUUGCUGCCCUGGAGUUCUGUAAGGAUCAGAACUCCACCCUCGUCCAUAUAACCAACUCCACUGUGCAGGAGGAUGUGACCUGGCUCCUGGACAGUGAGGAUCUGCCUUGGGGAGUGUGGAUAGGGCUGGAAAGGUUCAUCUUCCAGUCUAACGCUCGCUGGGUGUGGGUCAGUGGUGAGGAGGUGAACUUUACCCAGUGGCACCAAUGCUUCCCCCUCAACACUCCUACCCUCUACUGUGGUAAGAUGAUCUGGGAUGAUGAUGAGGAAUCCACUUUAAAGUGGCUGGGUGCUUCCUGUCAGGAGGAACUCCCUUUCAUCUGUCAAGAUUUAAACCACUAGAGGGCUCUCUACAUCUCAGUCUGGACUGAAGGAUCUCAUUAACCACUAACCCAGGAUGAUGUGAUCUACAUUUUCCCUUUAAUAUAAUUAAGAAUCAUUAUAUAUUACAUACUGCUCAUAUAACUUAAUGCAUAGUCACACAAUAUAUUUUAAAUUAUUAUGUGUGCAUCUAAAUUCAUUCAUUCAAAUACUAGAACUGUUUGAACCAUUGUUAUACUUUUAACUUUCACUCUGUUUUAACUUUGACUUUGG